AUGAAACCCCUAUUGAGCUCCAUUGGACUUCUCGGUGGCUUCGUACUAUUUCUAUCGUGGUUAUGGCAUAGCUACUUUUCUUCAAGUGAAAGAUCCGAAGCGAUCCGAAACCAACGAAUAAUUUAUGCGACUUAUUUAAGCGCGCCCACCGAUAACAAAGAGUGUUUUAUCUCCGAAUUCUACAAUACCAGCGAUGCUUACUUCGAUGCCGCUCGAAUCCUCACAUACCAGCUUCUCCACGCACCGGAAACACGGACCAGGUUGGACAUCCCGUUCGUGGUCUUCGUUCAUCAGAAUGUCGAUCGAGAAAAGAGAGACCGUCUGCAAUCCGACGGUGCACAAGUGAUCGAGUGGUCCGAUUUCCGAGUCGACUGGUUUCGACCGACAGAAUCCCGAUGGGUCGAUGCCUUGACAAAACUGCGGCUGUGGGAGAUGGUCCAGUACGACCUGAUCGUGUUUUUGGAUGGCGAUUCUGUUCUGACGAGAUGUCUCGACGGGCUUAUCAUCACCUCAUCGACUUGGCUUGAGACAGCCACGCAAACCUCAUUAUCCUUCAACGGGGUUGAAAUACCCCUGCCAGAGACUUACAUCGCUGCUGGCUUGCCACAGCUAAGGAUGAAUCAUUCAUCCCACCCGUCGCGUGUCCCAGAGGACUACUGGGACUGGAAUACCUUGAACGCGGGCUUUAUGAUCUUGCAGCCGUCACUCAAGAUGUUCCACUACUUUGAGACGUUGCUGGCAGUCGAAAAUAACUUUGAUACCAGCAUAGCCGACCAGAGUGUCUUGAACAUUGCCCUUUCUCGUUGGGGCCCUACCCCGUGGACUACGGUAGACUUCUCGUGGAAUAUUCAAUGGCCAUGGCCGGAGGAUAUCAAGACGGGCUAUGCUGUUCUUCACGAAAAGUGGUGGGCACCUGUGCACUGGGAAUCUAGGGAGUAUCUGCACUCUUGGUACUGGCGAAUGAGGGGGUAUUAUGCCACUUCUGGUUUAUGA